AUGGACAAUUCAAGACAACAUGUUCUACGUCAAUCAAAUGAAAUCAUUCAAGCAAAAAGAAAAACAUCAUUAAAAAAGACUCAAAGAAAAGAACCAUUACGUCGUAUAUGGUCUCGAGGUUUGCCAUCAUUAGCAACAAAUACAGUUAAAAUGGUUGUUGCAACAUUACAUAUUGGUUCAAAGAUGAAUGGACAUUUAUCGGAUGAAGAACAAGACAAUGAAGAAGAAGAUGAUAAUGAUGAUGAUGAUGAAAUAUUUCACAUUGGACAACAUGUACAAGCACACAUUCCAGAUAUAGUUUUAAAUAAAUUAAAUGAUUUAAUUGAUCAAAAAGGAAAUAUAUUAAUUCCAAAUGAACAUAUGUAUAAUAAUGCAACAUUAUUAUUUCUUGAUGUAUCAGGUUUUACAUCAUUAACUGAACAAUAUUCAAAUGAUGCACAUUUAGGUAUUGAUCAAUUAACACAUACAUUAAAUUCAUAUUUUGAUAAACUUGUUUCGGAAAUUUUAAUAAAUAAUGGUGAUAUUUAUAAAUUUGCUGGUGAUGCUAUACUUGCAUUAUGGACAAAUGAAUUAAAUGGACCUGAACAAGCAUUAAAAUGUGCAUUAUAUUUACAAGAAAAAUGUGGAGCAUAUGAAACUGAUGUUGAUGUCGUAUUACGUCUUAAAAUAGCGUUAGCAUAUGGUUCUGUACAUGCAUUAUUUAUAGGUACAGAUGAAUUUAAACAUUAUAUAUUAACAGGUGAUUGUGUGAAAGAUGUUAAUCAAUGUGAACAAUUAUGUGAACCAGGUGAUAUUAUUAUAACGAAAGCAGUUUAUGAACAAGUACAAAAUUUAUUAUUAAAUUGUGAAUAUGCACCGAUUAACGAUGAAGUAGAUAGAAAAGAUCAAUAUAUUGCUGUAAAAUAUUUAGACUCCGAAGAUAAUGAUCUAAAUAUAAUCAAAAAUAAUGAUAGAAUGAAUAGUUCAAAUCCAGACAUAUCUAUGAAUGAACCUGAUAAUAAUUCUAAUUCUCAAUUAUCUUCUUUAAUAAAUGAUUCAAUUAAUGAAGAACUUAAUAACAAAACUGAUAAUUUAAUGAAAUCUUUUUUACUUGGUUGUGUUUAUCAACGUAUUGAACGUAAACAAUCUUUAGAUUAUCUAUCUGAAUUGCGACGUGUUACAAUAACAUUUAUUAAUCUUGAUGUGUCCGAUGAACAUUAUACAAACAAUAAUUUAUAUCAUAAUGUACAAAAAGUUUUCAUACAAAUCUAUGAAUUAACAAAAAUGAUGGGUGGUGUAUUAACAAAAGCAUUAUUAUUUGAUAAGGGAUGGUCAUUUUUAUGUGUUUUUGGUUUACCUGGUUAUAAACAAGGUGAUGAUACAGCAAAUGCACUUAAAUGUGCUUAUAUGAUACAUACAACAAUUCAUAAACAAUGUCAAUUUAUAGAUAAAUGUUCAAUAGGUGUGACAACUGGUUUAACAUAUUGUGGUGUUGUUGGACAUGUUGCACGUUGUGAAUAUACAGUUAUUGGUCGAAAAGUAAAUAUGGCUGCACGUUUAAUGUGUAAUUAUCCAAAUAUCAUAUCAUGUGAUCAAGAAACAUAUUAUAAUUCACGUUUAAAUAGUCGUUUUUUUCAAAUAUUACCUGAUAAAAUAUUAAAAGGUAUGCAUAAUGUUGGAAUUAUUUGGCAAUAUGGAGAUCAUCAAAAUAAUAUACAAAUAGAAAAUAAUCAAGAUCAAAAGAAAAUAAUUGAUAUACAAAAUAAUAAUUAUCCAUUAUUAGGACGAAAAGUUGAAUUAAUGAUCGUUACUGCACAAAUUAUGUUAUUAGAUGAACCAUUACAUAGACGAAGAGAUCUUGCAGCUAUUAUUUUUGAAGGUGAUGAUAAAAUUGGUCGAAGUCGUUUAUUACAAUUUAUAGCGGAAUCAUUAGAAAAUUCAUAUCAUGAAAGUAAUUGCACAGGUGUUUCCUCUUAUGAUAAUACCUACAUUCCUUAUGACUCAACAAUUCCUAAUAAUAUACCGAAUGAAAAUACAAAAACUCGUUUAUCAUCUUUAAAUAUCUAUGGUAAUGAUUGUUCAACAAUAAAAAAACCAACAAUACGUAUUAUUAAAUAUUCUUGUCAAUUAGAACAACGUUUUAAUGAAUUUAGUUUAUUACGUUCAUUACUUAGACAAUUAUUACAAUUUCAUCAUGAUGAUAAAACACAAUAUGAACGUGAACAAUAUUUAUUACGUUUAUUUGAUAUAAAUAAAUCGAAUGAUGCAUAUUUAAGACGAAAUUUAUUUUUAUUGAAUGAUUUACUUGAUGUUAGAUUUCGUCGAAGUCAUAUUGAAACAGAAAAUACAAAUGAAAAAAAUUUUGUUCGAACAUAUGAAACAAAUAUUAAUGAAUUAUUAUUACAUAUUUUACAUCAACUUAUUGAUCCACCAGGAAGUAUGGGUGAUAUGUAUGGAAAUACAUUAAGUUCAGCGUAUUCUCAACCGAGACGUUCAUCAACUUCAAUAACAGCUUUACCGAUGGCUUCAAUCACAACAGCAUCAAAAAUUCUAUUUAUUAUUGAUGAUAUUCAUUUUGCUGAUGAAAGUUCUCUUAAACAUUUACUUACAUUAGGUAGUCAUAAUAAAUGUUUAUUAAUUCUAUCGAUGAAACCACCAAGAAAUAAUAAUAAUGAUCGACCAGUUUCAAAUAUCAUACAAUCAAUUAGUACAGAUUCACGUGUUUAUCUUCGAAGAUUACCAGGACUUGAAUUACGUUAUCUUGCUACACUUGGAUGUCAGAUAUUAUCUGUACAUAAACUUCCAGCAAAACUUGUCAAAGUACUGAAUGAAAGUUGUAAUGGUAUUCCAGGAUUUUGCGAACAAAUUCUUUUUGAUCUUUUACGAAAAGAUAAAAUCUUUAUUGUAAAUACAACUGAUAUAUAUGAUCAAGAUUCAAAUUUAAUUGAAGGUGAUGCUGAUAAAUUACUUGUUAAUUCUCCUAUAAAAACUAGUUUAUUAAAAUCAUUAUUUUCUCGUCAUAAACAAAUUCUAAAUGAUAAUCAACGUCAAACUGAACCUGUUUUUUCUCGUAUAUGUCUUUUACGUGAUCCAUCAUCGAAUGAUUUUGUUUCUCAUUGUCAACAAAAUUUUCAAAAUUAUAUUAUGUGUCGAAUUGAUCGUUUAUCUGAUAGUGAAAGUUUACUUUGUAAAAUAGCUGCUGUUAUUGGUAAUACAUUUUCUCGAACAUUUCUAUGGCAAUUAGUUGAUUCACAAUCAAAAAAAUUAAUUAAUAUUAAUUCAUGUAUAUUAGAUAUGAUGCAACGAACGAUUAUUGAAUGUGCAUAUCAACAACAACAACAACAAAAUCAAAGAAAACAUUCAAUAAAAUGUUUUUGUUUACAUAAUCCAGCUGGUUUUCCAUCACAAUGUCGUCUAAUUGCAUUUGCACAUGUAUCAAUACGUGAAGGAAUAUAUAAUUCAUUAACAGAUAGUUUAAAACGUACUUUAACACGUAAUGCUAUUGAUUAUUUAGAAAAACAAUGUACAAUUGUUUGUUCAACAUGUGCACCAAGAAAUGAUAUACCAUUUGUUGUACAAAAACAAGAUGGUCUUACGCGAAUUAUUAAAACUAGUCAACAACGUGGAUUUGUUGAUAUUGUUAAAAUAGCUGCUCUAAGAGAAAUUGAUAAUACAAUAAAACAAGCAAUGAGAUUACGUUCAAUGAGUUCACCAAUAAAACCAAGAUCGAAUACGUCCACAAAUUUUCCACCAGAACCAAGUAUUACCCUAACUGGAAAUUUAGAUCGAAAUGAGAAUAAAAGUUCAAACAAAAUUCGAGAGAAACGUCGUAAUAGUUUCGAUAUUGGUAAACUUGAUUCACGACGAACACGACGUUCUCAAUCGCCAGUUCCUCCUACACGUACGAAUGAAAAUGAUGUCGAAAUUAAAAUGGAUCAAUCAACAACUUGUAAUUCUAGUGAUCAAAAUUUAACUUUAAUUAGUGUUUAUCCAUAUGAAAACAAUGAUUCGGAAGUAAUAUCAUCACCAUUAUUAACACCACCAAAAUCAAAACAUUUUUUUGCUCUAUUAAAAUUACCUAAACAACGUUAUCGAAAUUCAUCUAUAUCAAAUAAUCGAUUAUUUAGAAAUUUUGAUGGAUUAGUACCAACACCAAAUAAAUUAAAUAAAAAAGAAGCCAUUACUAAACCAAAACGCAAAAGAAAAAAUGAUAAAUCAAGUCGUUUUAGAUCGUUUUUUCGAUAUAUCUUCUGUCAAUUAGUACCAUUACAUUCAAACGCAUCCGCAAUUAUCGAUGCUAAUCGUCAAUCUACAAAAGAUUCAAAUGACAAUAUUAUUCUAUCUGAUAAUAAAAUAAUUUCAAAACCAAAUGGUAUCUUACAGGAAUCUAAACUCUUACGUAAACAAUCUUCACAUUGGCAAACAGUUCGUCAAGUAUUAAUACCAUCACCCAAUAAAGUUCUUCGUGCUUGUCCAAAUGAUCAUGAAUUACUUGAACAACCAAUGUUUUCAUCUGAAUUAAUGCAAAGUGUUUCAAAUGAUCUUAAUUGUUUAAAUAAACAAACUUAUCUUACACAAACAUUUCAAAAUCUUUAUGAACAAUCACUUUCAUUUCAUACAUUUCAAUCUUAUGUUCAAUAUAAAAAUUUAAUACAAUUUGUUUAUGAGACUAAACUAGAAGAAGAACAUGAAUUACCAAAUUCAACUAAAUUUUUAAAUGAAUUUGUAAUUUAUAAUGAUUUACGUGUAUGUCAAUGUGCUGAUUAUGUUUUAACUGUUUAUAUAAAAUUAGUUGAAUAUCAUACAAAUCUUUAUGAUAUGCAUGAAAAAUUAGUUGAUGAUAAACGUGAUUAUUUACGU